GCUACUUCAGUAAGUACGCAGAGAUUUAAUUUGGCGUCAUAUCAAAUCGAAUCCAAAAUGAGCCAGGAGCAACCACAGAGGCCCAAGACCGAGCAAGAUGCCAUCAAAUACGGCGACCUUUUUAACGUCUCCGGUCAGCUUGCUUCCACCCCCAUUCCACCGCAGGAUGCCGCCACCGUGCAGGCGGCCGAGAACAUGGCGCUUGGCCAGACCCCCAAGAGUGGCCCCGCCUCCGUCAUGCAGUCCGCCGCCGCGAUCAACGAGAGGCGCGGCGCCGUCGGCCAUUACGACACCACAGACGCCGCUAAAGACCCGGGCGUCACCGUAACGGAGACCAAGGUCGGGGGUACCCGUAUCGUAACCGAAGAAAUGGGCGACCAGGUUUUGGGCCAAUACGUGCAGCCAACGACCGGGGAAGUGAGGAGGGCUCCGGCCGCUAUCGGCCGUGACUCGAUAACAAUCGGAGAAGCUCUUGAAGCCACCGGUUUAUCAGCUGGAGGCAAGCCCGUGGACCAGAGUGACGCCGCCGCAAUACAAGCGGCGGAGGUGCGGGCAACGGGGUCCGGCGAUAUAGCGCCGGGCGGGAUAGGCGCCACCGCCCUGUCAGGAGCCACCCUCAACGCGCGGACCAUUCUGGACGAGAACAAGACCAAGCUGGGCGACAUUUUAGAAAAUGCCACGGAGAGGCUGCCGGCGGACAAAGCGGCGACGAUGGAAGACGCGGAAGGGGUGAUCGGCGCGGAGCUCCGGAACAAUCGGAGGAUGGCAACGUACCCGGGCGGUGUGGCGGAGUCCGUGGCGGCUGCGGCGAGGCUUAAUACGCGAUGAAGGAUAUGUGCUGGUGAAGAUAUAUUACGACAUAAAAAAUAGCAAAGAAAUGGGAGGGGAGGUGAGGUGAGGUGAGAUGACUGCAUGGUGGGGUGGAUAUAUGCAGUUUGUUUUCUAGUU